GGAGGGGGCCCUCUGCACACUCCUCGGGCGCGCCUUGUCCGGGGCUCGCUUGCCACUCCGCCCGCCCCCGCCGGGGCGCUGCAGGGCUGCCUGGGAGGGCCCGUGGUGAGUGGGGCGGCGCUGAGCCCUCCCGGCGGCAGGGGGCGGCCGAGCUGGCCGAGGGGCGCGCGAUGGCGGGCCGGGGGGGCGGCUGGUUCCACGUGGGCUUUCGGCCGGGGGCGGGCGCGGGGCUGGAGCCGGCGCGGGUGGGCGGCGCGGGGGCGGCGCAGGCGGUGCGGCCCAGCUGGAGCUUCGUGGGCGUCGUGGGGGGCGGCUCGCCUGGCACCCCGCUGCCCCCCUCGGCCGGGGCCGCGCCGCCGCUCCUGGCGCUGCCCGGGGACUGCCGCGACGCGCUGCCUUCCGAGACGCACGUGGUGCUGCUGCGCGGGGCGGCCCAGCUGGAGGCCUGGCCGGUGGGCGCGGGGCCGGCCCUGGGCGAGCGGCCGGAUUGGCGGAGGGAGCUGCGGGCGGGGGAGGAGGAGGAGGACGGGGUGCCGCGGCCCGGUCCUGACCCUGCCGCCCCCCCGCUGCCGCUGGUGCCGGGCGGGUACGUGGUGCCGCGCCCGGGCUUCUUCCGGCCCUUGUCGCCGGCCCUGCGCGCCCGCCGCCUGGCCCUGGGCCACGAGCACGCCGUGCUGCUGGCCGCCGGGGGGGACCUCUUCACCUGGGGCGCCGGCAGGCACGGGCAGCUGGGCCACGGGGGGCUGGAGGACGAAGCCGAGCCCCGGCCGGUGGAGGCUUUGCAGGGCGUGCCCGUGGGCCAGGUGGCGGCCGGCGGCUGGCAUUCCGCCGCCCUGAGCGAAGCAGCGGGCGACUUGUACGUGUGGGGCUGGAAUGAGUCUGGGCAGCUUGCGCUGCCGUCCAAGAAGGUGUCGGGAAGCCCAGCGGCUGCAGCGGAGGCCCAUCCCGGCGGGCCCGGGGCGCAGCAGCAGCACGAGAGCCCCCCCAGAGGCGCCUUCAUCUCCAUCCAGGCCUUCCCUGCGCUGCUGGACAUGCCUCAGGGGGCAGCCUUGAGCAAGGUCAGCUGUGGAUCGCGCCACACCGCCGCCCUGACACGAACGGGGGAUCUCUACACCUGGGGCUGGGGCAAAUACGGCCAACUGGGCCACGGGGCCACGACUGCUUCUGACAGACCAAGGAAAGUCUGCUGCUUCCAGUCUUGGGGCCUCGGGGUGAGGGAUGUGGUGUGUGGCCCGUGGGCCACUUUUGUCCUAGCCCUGCCCCUCUGACCCACGAGGCCGGCAAGACCUUGGCGGAGUCCUGGGGCUGGCCUGCCGAAGUCUGCCCGCCCAACUUUCUUGCCCAGAGGUGCUCCUGGAACAGCGCGUGAACAGACAGAAAGGAACUCUUUGAAAGAAAAGGACCAAAGACUCAUCAGUAGCUUCAUUCUUGCUGUAUUUCGUACACAGUUAAGCUAUAAAACAUACAUCUAAUAAUUCA